AUAUAAAGUGUCAUAGCUCUUCUCACCCAUUUGAUUUGAAGCUGCAAAACCCCUUGAAAGAAAGAGUGAAAAUGGAGACUGCCUGUCCAGAAUCACCCAAACAUUCCUUACCAGCUGAAACCAUAGCCAACCACGACGAUCUCCUCUCGCAGAUCCUCGUCCGCUUAGAAGCCAAGUCCCUCAUCCGCUACAAAUCCGUCUCCAAGCACUGGCUCUCUCUCAUUUCCAGCCCCAAAUUCCGUGAACGCCACACCAUCCGAAACCCUAACCCUACCGUCUCCGCCUUCUUCUUCCUCUCCACCAACCAACGCCUCAGCUUCAUCUCCCUCUCCGACGACGAAACUCGAUGCGGAUCCCACUCCAAUCCGCUCGAUUCGGUCCCGGAGCUGCGAGGAAUCAAGAUUCUGCAGUCCUGCAAUGGCUUGCUCCUCUGCUGUUCCGGCGGAGAAGAAACGACCCGAAGAGCAUACUAUGUGGUCAAUCCCACAGCCAGUCAGUUCUCGAGACUUCCCUCUCCUCCAUAUGCUUGUCAAUUCGAUGAUAGUUUGGGUAUUGCUUUGGCUUUUGAUCCUUAUAGAACUGGAAAUGUUCAUUACAAAGUGGUUUCUGUUUGGAUGACUAGUCGUAAUACUAUAGGGAUUGGGAUAUAUGCAUCAGAGACUCGGAGUUGGAGUCUAUGCUUGAGUCAAGUCCACUUCGUGCAGUGCCAAUUUGAAGUGGACUUUGGCCGCGGGGUGUACUGCAAUGGAGCAAUUCAUUGGCUAAACCACAAGGAUGAGUUGUUCUACUGUCACAUUGGUGAUGGCUCGGAUGAAAAGCCGGUGAGGGGUGGAGUUUUGUCUAGUCCACUUGGUUUAAUGUUUGAUAGGGAGUAUAGGUAUUUUGGGGAGUCUUGUGGCCAUUUGCACCUAAUUGAUAUUUUCAAGCCUUGCGUUAAUCAGUUUGAUGUAAGGGAAUUGGAGCCGGAUUACUCUGGCUGGGUUGUCAAAUACCAUGUUGAUCUUGGUCCGAUAAUUGAAACUAAUAGGUCUUGUAUUAAUGAGAUGCUGAUACCCAAGGACUACUCUGGUUGGUUUGUCAAGUGCAAAGCUGAUUUGUAUUCCAGAAGCUAUUCCUUUCAGGAGGUGGUUGGGUACUAUUUGGAUCGAUAUUAUCAAUUUGUUGUUCUAUCUCUUACUCGAGAAGACAAUGGAGGGGAUCUGUGUUUGUUGCUGUAUUUUCGUGCUAAGGUCAUCUCUUACAAUCUUAGGGAUAAGACGUUCAAGAAACUAUGUGACUUAGCUCCGGAAGGCACCGCUGGGACCCAGAGAUCUUUAAAAGUUGAAUGGCUGGAGGCUUAUAAUCAUAUGGGGAGUUUGGCUUGCGUGUGAAGGGUAUAUGAGGUCCUCAACUUGGCUGAUUUCCUGCUUCUGGAGACUAGUGUGUGGUAGUCCCUGGUUCGGGGCUCUUGUCAAUUCUAGGUUUUGCCUUAAGCUUAAAUUGUUUAAAUUGGAAACCAAGAAGCUCAGCUCUCAGCUUAGUGAUGUCAUUCAUUUUUAUGUUAAGUAGACCAAACUGCUCCUUAGGUCUGCCACUGUCAUCUGGAUUGCAGUCCAGUGGACUGCUUAGCUUACUCAGUACUAAAGAAAGGACCCCAUCCCAGGCCUACAAGAAUUGGUAUAACAAUGUUUUAUGUUGUACUUGAUGCUCUCAGAAUUGUAAAAGUUUCUUUUAGAGACAGAAAUCCAGAACACGUGGUGCUUAGUGCUAUUACUGAGAGGUUAGCUGUUGAAAUCCUAUUUCUGAGGCUUAGCUGCUGCUUCUUCAGGCAGAUAAUAUCUAAAGAGAUUAGGCAUGUUUGCUGUGCCAUUUAUACAAGGCUCAUGGACCCAAUGUAUUUAUUGGCUUCUUCUCUACAAAGCCUGCACUCUUAUAAAGGGGAAAGUAGUGAAAGCGAUCAUGGGAUUCUUCACCCCUAGUAAAUAAAUUAAUAGAAAAGUUUUUAUAAGUGUAGAGGAUUGAUAUUUUGUGAAAGCUUUUGGAGUUUUAUAAAUAAUGGCCGCGAUAUAAAUUUGGCAAUUUGCCAAAUGUGAGAGGCCAAUUUGUAUUUAAAAGAUUUGAGCUCCAGCAAGUUGGUCAUGCAUUAGCACUUAAACACCUGUCAUUUGUAUGUCACACGCUUGUCUCUCUACAGAUUUUAGACUUCUAAAAAAAAUCGUAGAUAUAUAGGAAACACCUGUCAUUUGUAUGCCACAUGCUCGUCUCUCUACAGAUUUUAGACUUCUAAAGAAAAUCGUAGAUGCCUUUGAUUAUUAAGAGACAAGAUAUGUUAGUCACUGUUCUUAUAUUCUCCUUGUCGACAAAGUACAACUUGUUUUCAUUUAUUUCUCAUGCCCCUCUUGCUUCAGAUUAGUCUUAGAAUUGGCAAAUUGUUGGUUAUUGUGCUAAUAUUGUUCCUUUGAGCAACUUCUUAUUGUUUAUACACAAUGGUUUCAGGUUUGUAUGUUUUCUCUGUGAAUAACAUGAUAAGUAGUUGCUUUGCAUUGC